ACCUGUUACAAGCAACCGUGUUGUUCUUUGUGGAAACCUUCGUGGUUAUAGAAACAAGGAUUUUCAACUGACGUAACUGCAAAUCGUACUUAACCCCUCGCACUCCAAACAUCGUACGAAGGCAGGUAUCAACCCUUGUAUUCGAUACGUCGGAGCAGCGUGCUUAUACCGCGUUUAUAGGACGAACGCAGACGGGCUAUUGAAGGAUGGAAAGACUUGUCUUCGUUUUAGCCUUAACCAUAAGCGGUGCACUGGCCUCAUGUCGGCAUCCCAAACCAGGCCAGUUUCUUUCUAAAAAGCAAGGAAUUCCAAUGGUGGUGGGCGACAACCCAGCUUCAAAUGACAUGGGUAUCGACAAGCGCCUCGUAGAACAUUUGCAGUUUAAUGGCACCAAAGGAGCCGUAAUUGAGGAUUCUUCGGGCUACGCUAACAAUGGCAUCAUGCAGGACGGGGCCAUCGUUGUGAACUUUCCUCAAAGCAAAUGUGGAAAUGCAGCUUAUACCUACUGUGGUGAUAUUCUGUUCCACGGGGACACCUUUCAGGCCAAACCCAGAGAGGGAGUCACGAUAGCUGCUUUCAUCAACUUGAAGGACGUGGAAGGUAGCCGUUCUAUCUUUGAUACCAUUGGCAUCAGUCACCAGUGCGGUCAGUUCCAUUUUGAGGUCAACUAUGGUAACGUGCGUUGGUUCCACAGGAAUGAAACCCAGCACAUCAUUUUCAGCUGCACCGCUGAGGGAAAACCAGUCCAACCCAAUCAAUGGGCUCACUUGGCAGGAACCUAUGAUUCAGCCACUGGCCAUUCCAAGAUAUACAUCAACGGUGAGCUGCGUAACAUGACGAACGGUGGAGGACUGCUGUCGAGGGAUUGGAUGUCACGCGCUGGAAUCGGCGACCACAAGGCUGGCCGUCCCCUCAUGGGAUUCAUCGAUGAAUUCAGGAUCUACAACUAUGCUCUGAACAAGGUUGAGAUCGAGGCUUUGGCUAAAAUGUGUCUUCCAGAUGCGGCCGCCGGCCCCACUAGCGCACCCACCGCGACCCCACCUCCCGCCACUGCCACUACCAAGAAGCUUCCUUUUAGAGACCAGAAUAAGGACUCGGAAUUUGGCAACCGUGGAAAAGGUCCCAACAACAAAUUCAAGUUUCCUCAGGAAGAAUCGGUGGAGGAAGCAGUUCUGAAGAGAUCGUCCGUGAGAGGAUCAAGCAGCGUCAACGUGCUGUAAAAUAACAUUAAAAUACUAUUGUUUGACGUCACUUAUGCAAACAAGCUCGAUGCUAGAUAAAUUGUUGGUUAGAAAUGGAAUAUCUUUCUUUUUCAACUGUACGGUUAGUGGUAAACCAAACAACUUGUAAGAUAGGCCAGGUUGCUUUAUAGAUCCUUUGGCGAAUUAAUCUUUUUUUGAGGGGAUAUGAGAUAGGUUUAAGACAUGGAAAGUAACAUUUAAAAACGUUUUGCAAUUAUGACGCUUUUUGUGUCAUUUCACGUCAUCGCUAGUUAUACAUUUACUUGCUCAAAACAAGAUUGGUAGGUUAAUUAAGUGACGUCAACAAAUGUUGUGAAAUUUACGAGAGAGAUAGGACCAGCGUCUCAGCCACAAUGGGUACAAGAUGAAGAGCUCGAGAUUUAUGUAUGGAACUUUACUGGACAAUUCCACUCUUUAUCCGUCCACUAUGAAGGCAAUGUAAACAGCAAAUCAGUAGUUAUCAUGAUUAGAAAUUAAUGUACAGAUCUCGUGUAAAGUAAGUUGUGAUUUUAUAUUGUUAUUGAUUAUCUCUCUGGUUUGAUAUGAUACUAUUAAAUCUUUGAUAUUCCUGUCUUGAUGUAAGUACAAAGCUAGAAGCAGACGAGUGGAAACUAUGUUUUCAACUUGAAAAGAAAUGUUUGGAUAACAAACAAUUAGGGAAUAAACUGGGCAGUAUUAUGUUA